AUGACCUCUCGCCCGGAGAGACGCAAUCCUUUCAAUCUCCGGAUUCAAACCAAAGUUGCGCCCAAGAACGAUGCUUCUCCCGGUUCUGGAAGGCCAGAAAGCCCGACGGACCCAAGUAUUCUAGGGUCAAAAAGAAGUCGGAUAAAAGCCCAGUUUUCUCGGAGUGGCUCUCGAAUUCUCUUGCUUCUAGGUCUGCGGGAGUCAAAAAGUGACAAAGAUUCAGUCGCCGAUACUGCCUCCUCCAACUCCAUUCAGACUGGAGUGAAGAAUACGCAGAGCGCUCCUCCUUCCCCGAGCGGUGAUCAUGAUGACAGUCCAGAGUAUCCAAUUGCGGUCGAGUCCCCACAGAGUGAACCGCUGCCUGUCACUCAUUCUUUCAAUUUUCCCAUUGAAACGGCAGAGUCGCUCUCCGAGCCACUUCCCAUCCCACACUCAUUGCUUGAAAAUCCCGGAGCGCCAGUUGUUGAGGUGCAAAAUGCCACAACUGAUUCUCAACCUCCAACUCUCGUCGAUCAACCGAGCCUAACUAAUUCCAAUUUCAUCGAUCGCUUCUCGCACAAAAUCUCGCUGACGUUCGGCCAGCCCACUGUCAUUCGCCGUACUUAUCUUCGUUCCCGACCAAUUAUUCUUUGUGGCAAUCUACCGGUGGUGGAAGAUGGAGGAGUUCAUGGUGAUGGCGCUGAUGAAAGCUCUACGCCGUCAACCUCCCCCAGCAGCAUGGGCUCUCCACUUGGCAGAUACUCGACUCCGCUGACAACUGGUACAUCUUUCCCAUCUUCGGAAAUAUCAAAGCCAUCCGACGAGCUUAAACAACCAACUGCAGUGAACAAAUGGCCAUCGAUUCCUGAAAUGAUUGAAGAAGACACGGCCCAUGCAUUUGACACAAAACAAAAAACUAGUUUGCCGUCAAUCAAAACGGUAGAAACAGCGGCUGUCGCCAAAAUAUAUUUGGAGCUACAUUUCAAUUCUGUUUUUAACGACAAGGAUCCGCGGCUGCAGCGUCAGGUAGAGCUGCAGCAACAGAUGUAUUCAUUCGAGCUUACUCCGGAGGAACGCUUGAUGACAAUGCACAACUGGGUUCUACGGGAAAAUGACCAUCUUCGACAGUGUCGGGUCCUCAAGUCGAGCAGACAUAGGGUGCAAAGUGAAGAGGCCGUCUCUCUCGCCGGAUACAAAUCUAUCAAAGUGCUUGGGAAAGGGAGCUUUGGCGUUGUGCGUCUGGUCCGAAAAGUUGAAGGCGAACGAAAGGUCGCUGAAGAUGGCAAUGUUUCACCCGCCAAUGGAGGUGGCAAUGCCAACAGUCGGUCCAAGCAUCUGGGACUUUUCAUUUCUGCGGUGGAGGGAGCCAAACAGACCCGUCGGAGAUAUAUGACUGGCGAAAAGAAAGAAUUUUACGCCAUGAAAGUCAUCAAAAAGUCGGGAAUGAUCCGCAACUCUCAAGAAGGUCAUAUCCGAGCAGAGAGAGAUUUCCUUGUUGCCUCUGAAAGGUCUCGCUGGGUUGUUCCAUUGAUCACCAGCUUCCAAGAUACCAGUAAUCUCUAUCUUGUGAUGGAUUACAUGGUUGGUGGAGACUUCUUGAGCUUCCUGAUUCGCAAGGAUACUCUUCGCGAGGACUGGGCACGCUUUUAUGUCGCUGAGAUGGUAUUGUGCAUUGAGGAGGCUCAUCGUCUUUUCUGGAUUCACCGCGACGUCAAACCUGACAACUUUCUCAUAUCAGCUUCAGGUCAUUUGAAGAUCUCCGACUUCGGUCUCGCAUUCAGCGGCCAUUGGUCUCACGAUCAAGACUAUUACAACAUUCAUCGCUAUUCCUUACUGGAGAAGCUUGGCAUUGCGGUCAAAGGUGAUGCUGAAGAUCAGAGACAAGCUGCCGCACUCGAAGAGCACCUUUCUGAUACUAGCGUACGGGGCAUGGACGAUGAGAUUCCUCUUGAGCCGCCGAAUACGGAUCUGCUAGAUUGGCGAGAAAAUCAUGGGAGACGCAGGUUUGCUAAGAGUGUGGUUGGGACCAGUCAAUACAUGGCCCCCGAGGUCAUUCGAGGUGAAAUGUAUGAUGGGCGAUGUGACUGGUGGAGUUUGGGUAUCAUUCUCUAUGAGUGUCUGUAUGGAUUCACUCCGUUUGGUUGUGAUAACCGACAUGACACCAAGAUCAAGAUUCUUCACCACGCAGAGAAUUUGAAUUUUCCCCGGCAGACACCGUCGGACAAGAUGGUCUCUGCUGAUGCUCUAGACCUCAUCAUCAGAAUUCUGAAAGAGCGCGAGUUUCGCCUGUGCUCCCCAAAAUACAGGUUGAACGACAUCCUCAGUGGACGUCCAGUCUCAAAGCAGAUGCUUUACUCUAUGGACACGCGUUACAGGAAUAUUGCAAGUUACUACGUGUACGCUAAUGACGCCACAGACAUCAAGAUUCAUCCCUUCUUCAGAGGGAUUCGAUGGCAAGACCUACAUCGGUGCCAGCCACCCAUGGUCCCUAGAGUGAAGAACUGGGAAGACACCCGGUAUUUUAAUGAGUGCAAGGUAGCCGGCAAAGCUGUCGACGACGCCGCAAGUGACUCAGAAGGCAGAGCGUAUCAUCCCGAUAAGCAGCCUGAAGAUGGUCCCCUUGGCAAUCCAACACCAGACACGGCGGAAAAUGCUCUCGUUGAAUCCCAGGCAGUUGAACCUGCUCCGGAUCCAGCACUGGGCCAGGCAAAUCCCGUCGAACAGAAAAAAGAGAAGAAAAGGCCUCGCGACAAAAUUCUUCGAGAUGAAGAGCUAAGAAAGACAGUUUUGGAAAUUCGCAAAGGGGGCGCCUUCUUGGGAUACACGUAUCGUCGGCCUAAUGAGGUUGCUUUGGCUUUCAGCUCGGCACGAGGCCGCCAGCGUGCCUCCCGAGGCGAUUUGGCAAGCCUCUUUGCUACAUGA